AGAUAGACAGACAGACAGGCAGAUAGACAUGGGAUAGAUAGAUUGAUAGAUGUGAUAGAUAUGUAAUAGACAGACAGACAGCAGACAGACAUGUUGAUAGACACAUAGACAGAUAGAUUGACAUACAGACAGACAGAUGACAGAUAUGUGAUAGAUAGACAGACAGACAGACAGACAGACAGACAGACAGAUGACAGACAUGUGUCAUACAGACAGACAGAUUUUAGUUCUAUGAUCAGUUCUACCAUAAUUUGUUUGACCCUUGGUUUUAUAUAUUUGUUAUUGCAUUCUUUUUUGAUCCCAUUCACACAUCAGUAACUUAAGACUCUAGGAGAGUUUGCCAUGACAGCUAUAGGCUACUGAUAAAAAAAUAUAGGCUAGUGAAAUAUCAGUCUGAUGAGCCACCAGUCAAGGUAUUCGCAACAGGUUUUUGCUGCAUGGUUUUACGCCUGGAGUCGGAAACAGUCAAAGCACCUAAUAGUCAAGUGCAGGUGUGAAAAUGAUAACCUGAAGUUACUGCGUCCCACUCAACACUUAUGAGCUCAGCAGCGUGUGUGCGUAUGUGUGUGUGUGUGUGUGUGUGUGCGCGCGCGAUCAAACCAGUUCUAGUCCAGAUGUUACAUCAUUUAUGGAAUUGCGAUCUCUUUCUGAUGUCUGAUGCUGGGUGGUUGCAGCUGAGAAGUUUUGUUGUCAACUCUAUUUUCGUGUAGGCUUUGUAAGAUCAGAAACUGGCAUUUGAGUUUAUUCACACACUGUGUCAUUAUGUCAUCAUUCAUUUCAGGCAAACAAAUGGAUCGUUCCGUACGAGCUCCCGAUUUAGAUCUGCUGCUUUGGAAUAACACGCGGAGCAUUCUUAUGGAUUCCUCCACAUCUCAUGGCUGACACAGGUACAGGCAGCCUGUCCUGGAGACUUCGUCCUUGAGAAGACAUUUAAACCCGGGAUUAAGCGAGGACUCAGAGUUAAACGUUUUGAGGAUGCUUAUCGCGGAUAUGCUACGGCGGAAUGCUGGAUUGAUCGUAUCGCUUUAAUCCAUUUGUAGCCUCCCCGACCCCCCACCCCAUGUCAGAUCUUCUCUAAAUUAUGGAAAUUUUUUGGAAGACGCUGACUUGGAUAUGUAGCCUGGUCUUGGCCGCUGCUGAACCUCAGAGCCUUUCAUACAACUCUCAAGCGGAAUUCCUGUCCAAGCUGGAUCAUUACCAGCUAACGGUACCGGUGCGGGUGAACGAGAGAGGCCAGUUUAUGAGUUACACUGUGAAACAUUACGUACCUGGUCGGAGACGACGGGCAUUGGACCAGGCUGAGCCAGACCACACCGAGACCAGGCUUUUUUACAAACUCUCAGCGUACGGCAAGCACUUUCACCUGAACGUGACACUCAACCCCAACCUGGUUUCGAAACAUUUCACUGUAGAGUACUGGGGCAAAGAUGGAGUGGAUCGGCAGCAUUCAUCGGCCGAUAAUUGCCACUAUGUUGGAUACCUGCUGGAUCAGUAUAGCACUACACAAGUUGCAUUGAGCAACUGCAAAGGCUUGCAUGGUGUCAUAACCACAGAAGAAGAGCAAUAUUUAAUAGAGCCAUUAAAAAACACAUCCAGAAAUCUCAGCGAUGCCAACCACGAAGAAGGACAACCGCACGUUAUUUAUAAAAAGUCUUCCAUUCAUUCUCAGCAAGAGCGCGGCGAGGGGUUCGGCUGCGGCGUCUCAGACCUCACAAAAAACAGGACGCCCUGUAACCAAACGUGUCCAGGUUCGAACUCACCUCACCCGACUGGAGCCCAUCGGCAGCGGCGUUCUGUCAGCUCCGAACGUUUCGUGGAGACCCUAGUGGUGGCCGACAAAAUGAUGGUCGGGUACCACGGUCGCAAAGACAUCGAGCACUACGUCCUGUCCGUGAUGAAUAUUGUUGCCAAACUUUACCGUGAUGCCAGCCUAGGAAACGUUGUGAACAUUAUUGUAACCAGACUGAUCGUCUUGACUGAAGAUCAGCCCAACUUGGAGAUAAACCAUCAUGCGGACAAAUCCCUCGACAGCUUCUGUAAAUGGCAGAAAUCCAUUCUUUCUCAUCAGGGGGAUGGAAACAGUAUCCCAGAGAACGGGAUCGCCCAUCACGACAACGCUGUUCUCAUCACAAGAUAUGACAUCUGCACCUAUAAGAACAAACCCUGUGGUACACUUGGUUUGGCGUCCGUAGCAGGAAUGUGUGAGCCAGAGAGGAGUUGCAGUAUUAAUGAAGAUAUAGGCCUCGGUUCUGCCUUCACUAUUGCUCAUGAGAUCGGACACAAUUUUGGGAUGAACCACGAUGGGAUCGGGAAUUCUUGCGGAACCAAAGGUCACGAAACAGCCAAGCUUAUGGCAGCCCACAUCACAGCCAACACCAACCCUUUCUCCUGGUCAGCCUGCAGUAAGGACUAUAUCACCAGCUUUCUGGACUCAGGUCGGGGAACGUGUCUGGACAAUGAACCUCCAAAACGAGACUUCCUGUACCCCACUGUGGCUCCAGGGCAGGUGUACGAUGCAGAUGAACAGUGUCGUUUUCAGUAUGGCGCCUCCUCUCGGCAGUGCAAGUAUGGGGAAGUGUGUAGAGAGCUCUGGUGCCUUAGCAAAAGUAAUCGCUGUGUUACCAACAGUAUCCCAGCCGCAGAAGGGACCAUAUGUCAAACCAGCAGCAUUGACAAAGGGUGGUGCUAUCAGGGCGAGUGUGUGGCGUUUGGGACGUGGCCACAGAGCGUUGACGGAAGCUGGGGACCCUGGAGCACCUGGGGCGAAUGCAGUCGUACCUGCGGCGGUGGCGUCUCCUCUUCCAUGCGACAUUGUGACAGCCCAGCGCCGACGAGUGGAGGAAAAUACUGCCUCGGAGAGAGGAAACGCUACAGAUCGUGUAACACCGAUCCUUGUCCAGCAGGAUCACGUGACUUUAGGGAGAAGCAGUGUGCCGAUUUUGACAACAUGCCUUUCCGUGGGAAGUACUACAACUGGAAGCCAUACACUGGAGGUGGAGUGAAGCCGUGCGCGCUGAACUGUCUGGCCGAGGGUUACAACUUCUACACCGAACGUUCCCCCGCUGUUAUCGAUGGCACUAGAUGCCAGGCGGACUCUCUGGACAUAUGCAUCAAUGGAGAGUGCAAGCAUGUUGGCUGUGAUAACAUACUGGGAUCGGAUGCCAAGGAGGACAGGUGCCGUGUAUGCGGUGGGGACGGAAGCAUGUGUGAGGUCUCUGAGGGCCUGUUUAAUGAUUCGCUGCCCAGAGGAGGUUACAUGGAGGUCGUCAACAUACCCAAAGGAUCAGUUCACAUUGAAAUCAGAGAAGUGGCCGUGUCAAAGAACUACAUUGCUUUGAAAUCGGAAGGGGUCGACUAUUACAUCAACGGAGCCUGGACCAUCGACUGGCCCCGCAAAUUCGACAUCGCAGGAACCGCCUUUCAUUAUAAGAGGCCGACAGAUGAACCCGAAUCCCUAGAAGCUUUAGGAGCAACGACAGAAAAUUUGGUUGUUAUGGUGCUACUACAGGAACAGAAUCUGGGCAUCCGCUACAAAUUCAACGUGCCGAUCCAGCGUACAGGGAGCGGUGACAAUGAUGUGGGCUUCUCCUGGCACCACCUGUCCUGGUCCGAGUGUUCAGCUACUUGUGCGGGAGGUUCUCAGAGGCAAGAGGUGGUUUGUAAAAGGCUGGACGACAAUUCGGUGGUCCAAAACAGCUAUUGCGAUCCGGACAGCAAGCCUCCAGAAAAUCAACGACCCUGUAAUACCGAGCCAUGCCCUCCUGAGUGGUUUAUAGGUGACUGGUCUGAAUGUGGGAAAACCUGCGAUGGAGGCGUCCGUACACGUACCGUUUUGUGUAUACGUAAAAUCGGACCUGCUGAGGAAGAGACAUUAGAAGACAGUCACUGUCUGACCCAUCGACCAAUAGAACAAGAGUCCUGUAACAAUCAGUCCUGCCCACCUCAAUGGGUGACUCUGGAUUGGUCAGAGUGUACCCCAAAAUGUGGUCCUGGAUUCAAACAUCGCAUUGUUCUGUGUAAAAGUAGCGACCUGACCAAAACCUUCCCACCUGCCCUCUGUUCUGACCAUAACAAACCUCCGGUGCGAAUACGGUGCAGCCUCGGGCGCUGCCCACCACCACGAUGGAUCCCUGGAGAAUGGGGACAGUGCUCUGCUCAAUGUGGACUGGGCCAACAGAUGCGGACCGUUCAGUGCGUGUCGUACACGGGACAGCUUUCCAACGACUGUCCCGAGUCUUUGCGACCCAACACCAUGCAACAGUGCGAAAGCAAGUGUGACGCCACGCCCAUCUCUGGCGGCGACGAGUGCAAAGACGUAAACAAGGUGGCAUACUGCCCAUUGGUGCUAAAGUUCAAGUUCUGCAGCCGCGCGUACUUCAGGCAGAUGUGCUGCAAAACGUGCCAAGGACAUUGACCCUAUGAGAAGCAAAGACAGAUGCUGAGAAACAAAAGGGGAGAGAGAGAGAGAAAAUGGGCAGAGAGAAAAGCAGACCAUCGUUGGGCACAAACAAUACUUCUCUCUCACACACACACAUACAGUAUACACAACUGCUUUUACCCCUGUGGAACUCAAACCACUGCUCAGCAUUCAGCUGACAACCUUUGUUUUAUUUUCACUUCUGUGAAGUGGGAAUGUAUAAAAUGAUCGUUAUUGUUGUUAUUUUAAGAAUAAUAAUAAUAAUAAUUGCUAUUGGUUAUUAUUAUUAUCAAUGUCUUUCUGUUGUUAUAAUUCAAAGUGCUGGACACGUCAAUCACAGAGGCAGCGCGGCAGAGAUUUACUUCAAGGAAAGAAAAAGUUUUUAAGUGUUCCCCUGGGUCUCAUUAACGCUCCUCGUAUCUAAUCUUUUUCGGCAACACUGCAUGAAGGACUAUUCACACUGACAAAAAUGUGGUGACCACCAAUGGGAGUGGAAAGUGGAGGUCAUGUGAUCCAGCAGCUACUAGCAACCAGCAGUAGAAAGACUCACCGACCUCCAUCGAUUUAAUCAAUGUUAGUGUGAAUACACCUUUAGUAUGUAAUUCACACAACUUCCAUUCAAAUUGUGCCAAAUAUAUAUCGAUUCUAUACGCUUUAAAUUUUAAACAGUAUAGAUGGCUGAACUACAUACCCUUUUGUGUGAUGCAUGAUCAGUUUGUUUCCCUUUGAGAGUGGAAGGAGAUUCCCAAGAAACUGUAGAUAUGCAUGCAGUAUACUGAAAUCAAUAACCUCAAUGUGGGUAAUGUAGAUUUAAAUGUAUUCAUUUGGCAAAUUAUUCAUCAUCAUCAAAACGGACACUAUGGGACCUCAGCUGCCAGAUUUUUGACAUCUUUUAAUAAAAUAAGAUCCAGGGCCUGAAGAAAAACAGGGUAAUAGGAUUGGAUGCUUUGGUGCUUGUGCUGGAAAAAUCUCUAUUAAAGCUGGCGAAUCGUGUGUUAGUCACCUAUAUUACAGAGAAACAUCGGCCAAAGAAUUCAAACAUUGUCUAAAACUUGAACGAUUUAGACAAUGAGAUUAGUUCAGUAGGGACGUUUCUGUUAUUGUGUCUCUAGAAUUAUUACGGACACUUGAGACACACAAUGCUUGUGAUUCUGCUUUAUGGAUCCAUACUCCGCUUUAAAUUCUGAGGUUUUGACAAUUGCGUGUCUGUUAUGAGGCCCAGACACAAUUAUUUUUGCAUGUAAUGCAUGCCACAGAGACGCUCCACUACAUUAUUACACAGUUUAUCAGCACACAGAUGACUUGCUGAAGACCUCCAGGUUAAUGAUGCUGACGCUUUAUCAUAGUUAAGCAAAGGGCCAGUGCCCAAAUACGUUGCCAGACCCCACAGAUCCGGACUAGCUCCAGAAAACCCCCUCGCCCCAUCCUUUCCCAACAUCGCACUGUUUUCAACCCACAAGCUAUUCACUACCAAUGGUGCUUUCCUUCCCGCAUUGAAGGACUGUUUGUUUAUCUGCCGUUCUUUUGACUCAAGGUGCUACAAGAUCCUGAUGCAUUCUGGGUAUGCAGUCUUUGCAACUGACUAUGACAAUAAACCGAGGACAGUUUAGGUCUGUUCUAAAACCUAGCAAGCUGCCUACCUAAUAAGCAUUGCAGGCGAUCGUAGACUCACAUUGCAAAGGUCGAUAUACAUUUAUUCAAUGUAUAAGUUAUUUUUUUAAAGCUAUUGCAAAAAUCAAAGUUUGUGCUGAAGGAAAUUCUGGGAUACAGCUGAAUCAAGGGGGUCACACACCGGACGCGCAGCUCAGCGCCGCGUCGAGACUCAUCUAGGACAACUCCCAGGGGUUUUGAGAAAGUUCCUGAGUCAAAGCUGGGCGCCGCGGACAUGUGAUCGUUUAUAUUGUUAUUUUAAGAAUAAUAAUAAUAAUUGCUAUUGGUUAUUAUUAUUAUCAAUGUCUUUCUGUUGUUAUCAUUCAAAGUGCUGGACACGUCAAUCACAGAGGUAGCCCGGCAGAUAUUUACUUCAAGGAAAGAAAAAGUUUUUAAGUGUUCCCCUGGGUCUCAUUAACGCUCCUCGUAUCUAAUCUUUUCGGCAACACUGCAUGAAGGACUAUUCACACUACACUGACAAAAAAAAUUCACAAAUGGGAGUGGAAAGUGGAGGAAAUCUGAUCCAGCAGUUUCUAGCAACCAGCAGUAGAAAGACUCGCCGACCUCCAUCAAUUUAAUCAGUGUUAGUGUGAAUACACCUUUAGUAUGUAAAUUCACACAACUUCAAUUCAAAUUAGUGCCAAAUAUAUAUUGAUUCUAUACGAUCUUAAACAGUAUAGAUGGUUGAACUACAUACCCUAUAGUGUGAUGCAUGAUAUACGUUAGCAGCCAAUGUUAAUCGCUAAUGAUUUGGGACAAAUAUUAUGUUAUUUAAUGUUAAACUAUGUGAGUGGCGCUCUGUGGCACGACAGGGAUUUGAGCAACUUCCUGAGUCAAAGCUGGGCUGCGGGCUGUGUGUAUACUCAUAAAAAACAAUGUGUUCAAAUUUUAUUAAAACGGUGUGCGACCCCCUUCAGAGUUAAAGAGAAAAAGUAUAAUGUGAAAUACAUGUCUCAGUCUUAUUAAAAAUGAACUAUUUUGCCUAAUAUUUGUAUGAGCGUUGUAUUUUCAUCGUUGUUAAGCGUUUUCAUUGUUAGUUUAAAAACGUGUUUUAACAUCAAACUCUCUUGCUGAAACGACAAGCAGCAAUUUGUGAUCCAUGAGUAUUGGUGAUCUUUUAUUGGUUUACCUAAUGGACCAUCAUACUAAUACAAAUAAAAGUGCUACACAAUGCCAUAAAAGCAUUUUUGGCUGUAUGGUAAGAACUUUAAACAAAAGUACUUUGUAUUGGAUCUUCAGACUAUAAAAAUGCAUGAAAGAAAUGGUUCUUCUAUGGCAUCGUAAAGCACCUUGAUUUUUAGGAAUGGAAGGCAGCUUACUAGGUAUUGGAACAGAGCUUUAGUCCGUUUUUCUUUACCUCACUGGUUUAAACAUUCCACUAACUAUAAAUGUAUUUUCAUAAUCUCUAACCUGAGUGAUCUACAGCACGCAUUUGAGCAAACCCUAACCAUGUUGUAUCACAUUGAUGAAACUCUGAGGACUGUUGUUAAUCAUACAAUCUGCUGCUGCUACUAUAUUGUAGCCACAAACAUGAUAUUAAUCAGUUAUAUAUUUGUAAUGAAAUGUUUAAAGUAGUAUUAUUCAAUAACGAACAUUGGACCGAGGAACUGUUGAGCAUCCUGAAGCUGUGCUUUGUAACGUUUUGGAUGUUACGAAGAUUACUGGCUUUGGGAAACGGAGGCUAUAGACACUCAAUGAAACUGGUACUCAUCGCUGUGAACUUGUGUCUUUGAAUGUCACAUUGUUUAACCCGUACCUAAACAAGAGAGUUUUGCAUUAUUGUGAAUAGUUGCUUACAUUUUAUAUUCAGUAAUAAUGUUGGUACACUGUUACUAAUUUUUUUUCAUUUGUAAAUUAUAUGCUAAUUUAUUGCCAUUUGUCACUUGUCCUAUGUAUGUUUCACUGCAUGCGAACAUGCAAAUCUAGUUUAGUAGUGAAAACAAUGAGGUGGAAUGAUAUUCACGAUCCUGUUUCAGUCUCUAUUAAAAUGUGAGUUUGAAUGUGUCCUACUUUAAACUAUGUCAGAAUGCUAUCGUGCGAGUCUGUGUGUUUGAUGGUACGUAUGCUUGUAUGGUGAGGAUCAGUGCUCACGAAAAAUAAUAAUGAAUAAUGUUUAUGGUGUCAAAGGGUAUGAAAAGAAGAUAUUCCCAUAAUAACUUUAACAUUCUCAGUCCUUUGGCUUUGUGGUGAAUCCUACAAUAUGUAUUGGAUCAUGAAUAAAAAUGACUUUAAAUGG